GGAUAUCAGUUCACAAUCUUAGGAGAGACGAAAGAUCGCCUCUAAUCUACUUUUUAAUAUCUAUGACUAACACGACGAACUCUUGAGAUCUCGUCCAGCCUUUAGUAUAUUCUCUGUUAGUGUCCAAGACGUUACUCUUUGCAAGUCUUAAGUCUUCAAAGUCUGUUUUUUUUUAAAGGAAAAUUGUUGGUUCGAAGUCAGUGUGGUUUUGAUAAAAAAAGAUGGCGAUCAAAACAGGAAGAGUGCUGUUUUUUCUAAUCAUGUCCGGUGCUCUAUUAUUCCUACUCCAGUUUAUGCAAUGGAAGUUAUACAGCCCACCAAGCAUCGAUGCGAACGACCCCAACCUUCCACCCGGGGAACCUAAGCCUGAGGUCCUUGUCGAUAAAAGCAGAAAAUCCAACAGAGUAGACGACGCCAUCAGACUCCGGUCUCUGGGAGUCCCCAAGAACUUGCACCUAACCGUCGCUGGAAUGAAGGCAGAUUUGGGAGUCGCUCCCAGGGUCAUGGCAGAACCGAAGGUCAAAGGUCUUCCUCAACCUGCCCUCAUGGGGCAUAAGAUCUUGGAGCUGAAGAAGAGAGACGUGUCAGAUGGACAGGCACCGAGGGGCCAGGCUCCGCCAAGGAAGGGCACAGCUGAUGGUUCCAGACACAGCUUGAAUGAAAAGACGCCCGUGAAGGUACUGGAAAACCGGAUGCGAGUGAGAAACCCGCGCGAUCCAGUUCACAGACGGAUGGACGAUAGCGACCCAGCAGUGAAGGGCAAGAAACCAAGGAGUCAAUUGCAACCCAGAAGGACAAUAGGAGAAAGGGCAGCAGCACAGAACAGGGGGAGACAAACAGCGAGGGAGCAACAGACAAACCGAAAUAAUCGUCCUCGUUAUCCACUGGGUAGAACUGUUACGGAAGGCCCUAGGAAGGAUGUCAAAGCCACAAGGCACAACAGGGUGCAGAGACCAAGGGCGUACAAGAAACCAUUGGUUAUUGUACCUGCGCCGACGGUGAUCGCUGAAACGGACAGAAAAAGAUCCAGGACUUAAAAAUACACAGAUUUCCGAUAACAGUGUUGUUAUUAAGGGUUUGUAACAGUCUGGCGACCUGAACACAAGCUAUCAGCACACGAAGGUUGGAAAAACAUUAACGAAAAAUACCAGAAAAGAAAUUUAACAUGGGUGGUUUGAGUUUACAAUGUAAGAUAUGAGUGUAAGUUACAAUUGCAAAGCAAUUUUAUAUAAACUUUGCAGAUCACCAAUUGCGUAAGGAGAACAAUUGUGUUAGUCUGGAGAUUCAAUUGAUAAACGAGUUUUUUUUUCUUUAUAUAUCUUUUCAUUCUUUCCGUCAGUAUUUGUAAUGCAUUCUUGUCAGUGAUCCCAUGAACAGCUAGAAAGCAAUGCGGCCUUUGAAUGAAAGAGAAAUUUACCUUCCAUCAUGAUAGGUUCAAAAAUAUCAGAUUCUUUUAGUAACAAGUACAGUGCUUUUUUAUUUCACUAGUGCCUUUCUAACUCGAAUCAUUUUAAGAGUCAGGGAAAUGACUAAAGAACCGGGAACAGACAUUUACGCAUUAUCUCUACAUACAUACACAUGUUGCUCACUUAAACGUAAACGUCCAUAUGAGCUGUAAACUUGUAGGUAUCGUAGAUUUGCACAUGUCGCAUUUUUUUUCUUUUUUUUUGCAGACGAAGCUGCUGACAAUUCGUAAAAGUGUGGAAUUUUGACGUCCAAUAACUGCCAUUAUUAUACAGGGAGGGAUAUGAAUUUUGAUCAUUUGUUCUGUGCCUUAUAUGGCAAAGUCUUGAUAAUAAGUUUAAAAGAUCUCACCUUUGAUGUUUCUUUAAAUCCCCCGGCCACACAUUCUGUUUAUCUGUCCGCGAGACAGUAAUACAUGUCAUAAACACCCGUCGCAACUUAUUGCAUACAUAUCCCAAACGGGUUGAGAACAAGUAUGAAGCACUAGUUAGGACUACCAAGUUGACUUGUAUUCAACCUGUUUGCGAUUUUUGUGCAAUAAGUAGCCUACAUAUUUGUGACAUGUUUUACUCUACUGUGGUUGCACCCUUAUGUUUUUUUCUUCAUAUAAAAGUACGUACACGCUUCCACUGAAUAAAGUAUGUUUGUA